CAUCCCAAAAGAAGAAGAAGAAGAAGAAGAAAGAGCUGAAAACAAUUCUCUGAGUAGAAAUGCUCACAAUUGCUCGAAGCCUCUCUUCAUCCAAAAAUCUGAAACGCCCUCUCUUCCUUUCGCUCUCAAUCUUAGCCCAAUCCCUCACGAACCUUUCUUCUUCUUCUUCUUCUUCUUCACUCUCACAAGCCCUAAACCCCCAACCUCAAAGCCCUAUCAAAACCCCGCCACUCAAUUCCUUCUGUUAUUUUUCUUCGAUCCCAUCUCUGUCCCUCACCCGCGAUGGAAAUUACGACGAGGCCACUACCCACGUCGUGUGCGCCGGCUGCGGGGUCAACAUGCAGGGCUCGGACCCGAAACACCCCGGUUUCUUCCUCAAGCCCUCCGAUAAGAGCCCGAGUUAUCACUCACGUGCCCAUCUCGUGCCGGUCGCUCACGAGUCCGAGUUUCCUAGCUCGCUCAAGAAGGGCCUUUUAAUCGACCCCGAGACUGAGACUGAGACCGAGAUGGAGACCGAAAAGCCCAGUUCCGAGAAGCCGGUGGUGUGCGCGCGGUGCCACUCGCUGAGGCACUACGGGAAGGUGAAGGAUCCGACGGUGGAGAACCUCUUGCCGGACUUCGAUUUCGACCACACGAUCGGCCGGAGGUUGGCCUCGACUGGCGGGACCCGGUCGGUGGUUUUGAUGGUCGUGGACAGCGCCGAUUUCGACGGCUCCUUCCCUCGGAAGGUGGCGAAGCUGUUGUCAGCGACGAUUGAGGAGAAUCGGAAGGCGUGGAAGGAAGGAAAACCGGCAAAUUUGCCUAGAAUGGUGCUGGUGGUGACGAAAAUCGAUCUGCUGCCGAGCACAGUGGGGCCGGCGCGGUUGGAGCACUGGGUGAGGCGACGAGCAAGAGAGGGAGGGGCUGGCAAGAUAACGAGCUUGCACUUUGUGAGCGCUGUGAGGGACUGGGGGCUGAAGAACUUGGUGCACGACGUGGUGGGGCUGGCAGGGCCUAGAGGGUGCGUGUGGGCGGUUGGGGCGCAGAAUGCCGGCAAGAGCACGCUGAUCAAUGCGAUUGGGAAGUGUUUGGGGGGGAGAAUUGCGCAUUUGACGGAGGCACCGGUGCCGGGGACGACGCUGGGGAUUGUGAGGGUGGAGGGGGUUUUGCCGGGCCAGACGAAGCUGUUCGACACGCCAGGGCUUUUGCAUCCGCAUCAGAUCACAACGAGGUUGACGAUGGAGGAGCAGAGGCUUGUGCACAUUGGCAAGGAGUUGAAGCCGCGGACUUAUAGGAUCAAGGCUGGUCAUACAAUUCAUAUUGCUGGGCUUAUGAGGCUGGAUAUAGAAGAAUCAUCUGUAGAUUCUAUCUAUAUCACAGUUUGGGCAUCUCCUUAUCUCCCAUUGCACAUGGGAAAAACAGAAAAUGCAGAGACAAUGCUAGAGAAACAUUUUGGUCGUCAGUUGCAGCCACCAAUUGGGGAGAAACGGGUCGAAGAGAUUGGGAAAUGGGUGAGAAGGGAAUUUCGCGUCUGUGGGGUUAGCUGGGAUACAAGUUCAGUGGAUAUUGCUACUUCUGGUCUCGGCUGGUUUGCUGUUGGACUUAAAGGAGAGGCGACCUUAGGUGUUUGGACGUAUGAAGGAGUCGAUGUUGUUCUUCGUGAUUCUUUAAUUCCUUAUAGAUCAAAUAAUUUUGAAGAUGCAGGGUUUACCGUCUCAAAAAUCGUCUCCAAGGCCGACCAAGCUUCAAAUAAGCAGCGCCAAGAUGCAAAGAAGAAGAAACAGAGCAACCCAAAAGCAUCUGUAUUAGCUGAAUCACCAUUAUUAACAGUUGAUGCAGACUCAAAUUCUUGUUGAGACGGGCAUCAUUAGUAGUAGUAGAAGAAGAACGAUCUGACAUUAACACAGAUUGUGAUUGGUGAAAUGACGGGUGAGGAAUAUAUAGCAACAAGUAUGAACUAGCUUCUGAGAGGAAGCUAAAAAGCUAGCAACUCUGUCAAGCCGCACUGGAACGGAUGAUACUUAUUGGCAGGAAGUUUGCAGCAGGAUCUUUAUGUUACUUUUUCUUCUCAGGUGCAAUAUCUUGAAGAUCUAAUUAGAGGGUAAUGCAAGAAAUUAUAUUUUUAUCUUACAACUAUAUCACGGUGCUAAUGUGGUAGCCCCAAACUAACCUUUGAAUCAAUUUUUAUUAAAAAAUAAAAAUAAAAAUCAAAGGUUGGUUACGGAUA